UUUUACUACUCAUAUACUCGAGCGUACACAUCACGGACGUGCAUCGCGCGUAUACACACCGCACGGGCGCCGCACACACAUCCGCCGCCGCCGCCGCCGCAAUGGACGACGACGCUGCCGCUGUCACCGCCGCCUGGUUGCGCACCGACGAGUGUCACUGCGACCGUCGCCGUUUCGCCCGCGAUUAACCGUUACCGCGGUCAGCCGAUUUGAUUUUUUUUGUUGUCCGUGUGCUACCAUAACCGCGUCCGUUCGCAGUUCGUCCGUUUCGUUCUCACUCCCGUUCGAUAGUUUUGCGCGCGUUUUACGCACCGUCUUCGUCGUCGUCGUCGUCGCCGCGGUUGUUGUGCGUCCGAGUAGCGUGCGUGCCGCCGUUAAAUCGCCAUGUUUUUCGCCGGCGGCGCGUGUUGUUGUUGUCCCGUCGUCGCCGCCGCGCACGUCUUCGUGUUGUUGAUCGCCGUGGUCGUGUCGCCGUUACCCGGCGUCGGGGCCCAGGCGGAGGACAUACCGCACAACGAAGUAAAAAAUUGGGCGCUGAAAUUUGGUGUAGAUCUGUGGGAGUUUGGCAGACAAAUAACUAACAUGAACGAAAUCCAAAGAAAAUAUAGAGAGCGAGAAUCUAAAGUACGAAGAAAAGACGGACUUUUACUCAUUCGCGAUUUGGCAGCAGAAGUUAAAAAUAUGAUGGAUAUCAAAAUGAAUUCUGUUUUGAGGCUAAUGGAAGCUGGUGAACAAUCUGCUUUAGCAAAUCAAGAAGCUGCUGUAAAGAGUGAGCGCUAUGUAAACGAUGGAUUUGAGGAUUACAAGAGUCUCGAAUCAAUAGAUCGAUAUGAUCAAUGUGCGUUUAACACUACUGUAAAUUGCGUGCUGUUACAGAGCACAUAUGUAGAUCCAGAUUCAGUUGACGAAACCAUAGUUCGAGAUAUGCAGUGGACUGAUCAUUUAGAUCCAAUAUUCGUAAGCAAUUAUGAAAUGGAUCCUGUAUUAUCAUGGCAAUAUUUCGGUAGCACAAAAGGGACACUCAGAAGAUUUCCAACAUUGAGAUGGCCUUCAUAUUCAGGAUUAUCACCAUCUGCAUUGUUUGACUAUCGGCUUAAUCCGUGGUUUGUAGAAGCUGCAACCAGUGCCAAAGAUAUAGUUAUAAUAGCUGAUUUUUCAAUUGCAUUAUCUGACUAUAAACUUAGUCUUGUAAGAGCUACUACUUUAGCGGCACUUGAUACACUGGGUGCUAACGAUUUCGUCAAUGUUUUAUCUCUCGAGUCAUCAAACUAUGAAAUUGUGCCAUGUUUUAAAGAAAUUAUUGUUCAAGCUAACGAGAAGAACUUAAGAGAUUUAAGAUCCGCUGUGGCACAAUCAAAGUUUGCUGGCAGUUCUAACUUCACUGGAGCUCUAGCUCGUGCAUUCGACAUACUGCAUAAAUAUAAUCGCACUGGUCAAGGAAGUCAAUGCAAUCAAGCUAUAUUGAUAAUUACUGACGGUCCAUUUGGACCAUAUAAAGAAAUUUUACAACAUAAUAAACCACAUAUGCCGGUUCGAGUUUUUACGUAUUUAAUUGGCAAAGAUGACUCAAACUCUGCUGAUAUGAACUGGAUUGCUUGCAACAAUAAAGGUUAUUUCGAACAUAUCGAAGACCAAAGAAAUCUUCGAGAAAAAGUAUUAAACUAUGUUUUAGUUAUGGCUAGGCCAUUAAUCAUGUAUCAAACUGAUCAUCCGGUUUAUUGGUCACCAGUGUAUCUUGCAAGCAAAGUUGACAAUUUAAAAGCUACUGACACUAUAGAUGGCAGACUUAUGACAACAGUAUCUGCGCCCGUUUUUGACAGGAGAAACCAUUCGGAACGAGCCGCCAAUUUAUUGGGUGUGGUUGGUAUGGACGUCUAUAUUGACGACCUAAAGAAACUUGUUCCGGCCUAUAAGCUCGGUGCCAAUGGUUACUCCUUUAUAUUGGACAAUAAUGGACAUGUCCUUUAUCACCCUGACUUCCGUCCAACGCAAUCUGAUUCGGUCAGACCUCAAUAUAAGACGGUCGACCUGAGUGAGAUUGAGUUACCGGACGUGGACACUAAUAAUAACACUCUAUUGCUCGAAUUGAGGAGAGAAAUGAUUGAGCAACGGGAAGGCGAAACUACUCUAAAAGUCAAAAAUCACUUGGAUAAUAUGAGACGAGUGUCUACUAGAAAAUAUAAAUACUUUUAUCAUUCAAUCGAAGAUACACCUUAUAGUUUAGGUAUUGCUCUUCCAGAAAGUUAUGGAAUGUAUGAAUUACUUGGAGAAGAAGAAAUCAAGUUGACUCAAUUCAAUAUUACGGAGUAUUUCAAAGGAAAAAAUUGGAAAGUCCAUCCCGACUGGGUUUAUUGUGAAUAUAAUUAUGGAAAUGAACAUAACUUUAAAACUCCUGAGGAUAGAGUGUUACAUUUUUUGUCCAGAACCAAACGUCCUGGUUGGAAAUGGAUGUCAUUAAGGUCUAGAAUGCCAAAAAGAGAACCUGGCACAAGUCAGGUUUAUAACACGUGGAGAAAAGAAAAAGACUCUCAUUACUGCGAUAAAAAUCUUUUACAAUCCUUAGUAUUCGAUGCAUUAGUCACCGAUAGUCUUGAAAAACAAACAAGUCAAAUAUCUAAGGUUGAUAAACAUAAAUCUACAAACGCGUUACUCAGAAUGCAAAAUUUAAAAAAUAGCCAAGGACAUCAUAUGUUUGGUGUAACACUUACGUUCAUUGCGACGAGGAGUGGAUUAUUGAGAUGGCGAGAUCACGGAACAGCUAACAACAGAGGACCUGAACCACAUUUUAGCGAAACCAAUAAAAAAGCCAUAGACGAAGUGUGGUAUAAAAGAGCGAUUGAUCAACACAACAUAGAGCCUGAAAGUUUUGUGUUUUCAGUGCCAUUUAAUUCAGGUGCUGGACUUGAUCGACCACUGAUUACAGCUACCCACGCGAUGUUCGUUGAAAAUAAAGGUCAUCGAGCGGCAGCCGCGGUUGUCGGCAUACAAUUUCAACAUUCGUCGAUCGCUUCGCACUUCAUCAAUAUUACUUCGGCCUGUACCGGCAUGACUGGAUGCAAGAAGACGUGUGCUUCCGACGAUCUCGAUUGCUAUGUGUUGGAUAACAAUGGUUUCAUUAUAAUAUCUGAACAAUCUCAUCAUACCGGUCAAUUUUUCGGCCAAACAGACGGGACUAUUAUGGAUUCGUUGGUACAGGACGGCAUUUAUAAGAAGAUCACUAUAGUGGACAACCAAGGCGCAUGCCAUAGUGGUAUCGAACCUGGAACCGAUUCAGCGUCUUCUCUACGACCUUUUCAGCCGAUUGUCUGGUUAGUAAAAUGGUUAUUAGGUCGUUUGGCUUGGUUAGCAAUCGAAACUAACAUCUAUCACGUUAUAUUCCCGGAGUGGAUUCAAGCUCAAGACGAAGAUCCAAUGUAUUCGGAAUACGACCUGGGCCCAGACGAAUUCGUGCCAGAUCAAGGUGAGAAGACUACAGAUCAGAGUGACAAACCAAUGACGGAUGGUGACGGCGGUGAUCGGGGGAGUUCUGGUAAUGACUACAAAGACAUGCCUCCGCAUCCACCAUUAUAUGUGCCGAGCAUGAAAAAUGCUGAGUACUUCAGCCCAGUGUACAAUCGAACCCAACCGGGAAUUACCAGAACAUGUCGCAAAUCAGUCGAUUUGUACGUCUUGCAACCCAACAGAUUGAAUAUGAGUGGGUCGUUUAAUCCGCUCAAAGGAAAAUUGACCAAUUGCCACGCUACUGGAUGCGAAAGGCCAUUCAGUGUGCAAAAAAUCCCCCAUAGUAACCUAAUACUAUUAGUGGUGGAUACUUUGUGCCCUUGCGGAAGCAAACAACUGAGUAUUGAACCACAAGAGGUUCGAAUGGCAACAGAUGAAUCUGGACAACCGGUGUUUAAUUGUCAAGAUCAAAAUAUGUUUCGGAGACGCACAGGAAAGUGCAUUAACUAUCAUCCGGAAGAAAUUGAAAUCAAGCAGUGCGGUUCGAGUUCGGCGCUACUGGUCACUUCGUACCUAAUACUACUAAGUAUGGUAACUGCCAUAUGGAUAACGUGAUCAUCGUACUUCGUCGGCUGAACGAUAAAUUCCUCAGCGCCUACGGUUUUACGAAAAACUUAUAAGUGUAUGAUAAUUGUUAUAAUUUUUUCUUCUUUUUUUUGUAUAAGAUCUUUUAAACGGUUUUUUAAUUUAUAUUAUUAUAUUAUUCAUUUAAUGGCCAGCGCUCGAAUUUAUAUAAGUGCCCCGCUAAAUUGUUGUAAUAAUAGUAUUUGGCCUACAUACUGAUACAUUUCACAUAUUCACAACAUCGUGUAUGAAUUGUAUAUAUUUUAUUUAUAUAUAUAAUAUAAUAUAUAUGUGUGUGUGUAUAAUGGACAUUCCGUUAUAUAUGCAUAUAUAUAUUAUUAUAUAAUAUGUAUAUAACAUAACUAUACCAAAAUAUUUUUGUACGUCAAAAAUUAUUAUGUACCUACUAACUUGGGAAUGAAUUUAAUAUGAUAAUUGAUAAUGAUAUAUAGAAAAAAAUAGACAAUAAUUUGUUGGUAAUGUGCAAUCGUAUUGACUAUAAUAAUAAUAAUAUAUAAUAUAUUUAUAUACAACACAUAUUAUAGAUAAUAUUAUUAUGAAUUAUGAUAAUCAUAUUUCGCCCGGCGCGGUUCAAUGUUCAGUAUGAUAAUAUACAAUAAUAUAUUAUACAGUCAAGUGGGUUCCAAGCAGUUCCAAGUGUAUUUUCAUUAAAAAAAUUUAACAGAAAAUUAAUUGGCUUCGAUUACAAUAUAUUAUGUGAUAAAAUUAUAUAAUUUAAGUCGAACCGCAGUAGAGUUACCCCCUCCACCGUAUCGUUACGUUCUUAAAUUCUAAGAAUUUUCCGAGCACUCUUACUCAGACGUUUCGCUCCCACAAUAAUAUUCGAGUGUCGUAACGAUAUAUUUUUUUUCCAUAAACACGACAAAUCAAUUGGUUACGUAAACGAAAGGAAAAACAAAUACACUGUAGUGUCAUCUGGGCAAUAAAUUAACCGAAAUAAGAUAUUAGAUUUAAAUAAUUUAACAUCUUGUUUUCGAAUUGUUAACGAUUUCAUCAAAUCUUACGAAUUUUUAUCGAAGUCUGCUACUAUUGUUAUUUAUACCUAAAUAUAUUAUUAUACGCCCAUUUCGUGUGCAAAUGUUUAAUAAUUUAUAAAUAAAUAAAAAUAGAAAAUACAUUUUACCCGCGGAACCCCCUGUAUUCUAUAAUAUAUUAACAUAUUAUCUACUAGUGAAUUUAUGUAGUUCGGAAUUAUUAAAAUAUAUACGCUAUUGUGUUUUUUAUCGUUAAAAAAAUGUGUCGUUUGUUUUUGUGCAUUAUACAAUACUAUAAUUAUCAUUAUUAUUAUUAUUAUUAUUAUUAUUAUUAUUAUAUAGGUACGUGUAUAUAAAUAAUAGUAUAUAUUUAACUAUUUAAUUAUUGUUAGAGUCGUUUAAGUAUAUAUAUAUAUUUAUAUAUAUGUGUGUAUUUAAUUCGGUUCACACAAAUGCAAUUGUUUUUUUUUUUAAUGUUGAAUUCUCAGUAUUGUAUUCUUCUUUUCAUCGCAAAUUUUAUAUUUAUUUUUGAAAUCGUAUAUUAUUACAAAUUAAUGUAAUUCAUUUUUUUUAUUAGCAAAAAUUUGUAUAAAGUAAACAAAUUGUAUCUCAUCAGAUUUAUAUCGUUCUAAAAUUUCGAAUCGUGCCAUACUAUAAAAGUGAUUUUUAUACGAGUAUGAUAAUAUUAUUAAGCCGUUAUUUAAACACAUAUUGCUUCUUUUCGCGAGUCGAUUUUAAAUCUUUACUGCACAAUAAAAAAACACGCUAAUAUUAUGGUUUCCUUGUUAAUUGAAGUAUAAUUUAAUUACAUCAUACUAUCAUAAAAUUAAAAUAAAUUAUUAAUUCGUGUUAAAUAAAAUAUUAUAUCACGUGAUAUUCUUUACAUAUUAUAAUAUAAAACGCACAUAUAGCAAAAUGCUACACUUUAAUAGCACCGCCAAUCUUCUUUUCGGUUUUAUGUAUCAUGUAUUCAUGUUUAAUAUUUAAUAUUAUUAUUAUGACAAUACCUAUAUUACUACGGUUUAAGAAUUUUCAAAUGGGUUAGCGAUGUUGGCAGUUUAUUGUUGCACCAAUGUCGUAUACUUACUCCAAGCAUAAUGUCCGUGUAAAAUGUUUUGAAUUUGAUUUUAAUUCUAAAACAGAUUUAACGUUUUAUUUGUUUGAUAUUUUAAACAGUAGUUUAUAGUCUAAAUCUAAAUCAUAAUCGGCAAUUGUUAUUAAAAAAAAAAAAAAAAAAAAAAAAAAAUUCAAAAAGGGUAGGCAUAGGUAUUUUUUGACCUAGUAUUAGUCAAUUAGAAAAUUUUUUAUUAGAGUUUAUCGCUAUUCAAACAUUAUUAUCGUUUACAAAACACGUUUUGUAUUAGUUUGAUAGGCAAAUAUUUGGUUUCCUAUCCCAGAUAAUAGAUAAUUUUUUUGUUUAAUUUAAAAUGUUAACUUGAUUUAUAAAUACAACUGAAAAAUUUGGGGUGGGGAUUUUUUUUGUUGGUAGGUUGACCUGUCAGUCGUAAUUUUUUUUUUUUAAAUAUAAAUAAUUGUUAAUUUCUAGGCUUAACGAUUUAGAAUAAUUAUUAUUAUAGAACUUAAUGUUUUAAUAACUCAACAUGGAAUGUUCAUUAUUGUACGAACGUCUACUAUUUUUAAGCAUAUACGUACAUACAUGCAUUCAAACAUAUGUAUAACUCAUGUCUUCCAGUAACAUAUUAUGUUAAUGUAAAAAUUUUACAAAAAGAACAUAAAAUCGCUGUCAGUUCUUUCAGUUUUUUUGUAACAAAAUUAUUUAUUAUAAUCAUAUAAUCAUUAUUA